GGAACGAUCCGGGCUGGGUGCAGCGGCGGGGCUGUCCCGUCCCUGGUGCCUCGCUCCCGGGUCCCGUGCGGGGAGGGACCGGGACUAACGGCUGGAUCCGGGGACGCUUCUCCCCAUCACCGCAAGGGGAGCAUCGCUGCCGCCUCCCUGCGCUGAGCGCUCGGCAGAACCCCCCGAUCUGGGAGCUGGCCCAGGUAUUUUUGAGCUGACUUUCUUCCAUGACUACUAAGAUCAAUUAAACCAUGGAUACUUAUACCAGGGCCCGAAGCAGUCAAACAAAGCCUAAAGUGUCAGUGAAAAAGGAUUUCACUGAUGGUGUACUACGCUCUGUGAAAUCAUUGCUACACAGCAGAAAAGAAUUAUGUAAUGUGUCCGCUGAAGAAUGUUUAAGGCAGGAGGAACAGGACAAUUUUAUUGAGAUCACAUUUCUAGGUUUUGCUGGAGAGACAAAUGCUGCUCAUAUGCAGGAAUUGGCUGCUGUUUCUGUAGAGCUCCCAGAGGUUCUGAAAUCACUCCAUUUCUGUAGUCUAAAUGAAAAUGAAGUUAUUUUCCUGAAGGAUAUAAAUAAACCCAUGGAAAUCAGUGAUGUCUGUAAACAUCAGAAUCAUCUUUCUGGAGUGCUUUGUGUGAUGAGAUUGUCUCCUUCGUUCCCAAGGAUCAAAGUUGAUUCUGUAUUUACCUUACUGAGCAAAUACGCUACUGGUGUAAGAUAUACAAUGGAAGUAUACUCAUUACAGAAACAUGAAACAGAGAUGUCCCAUGCAGAGGAUGAUGACACUAAUCAGUCAGUGUCUUCAAUUGAGGAUGAUUUUGUCACUGCUUUUGAGCAUUUAGAUGAGGAUGAACCUUCAAAGAUACAAAAUGCUGGCACAACCUAUACUACUCAGAAUCACCGGGAUGCUGCUUCACAGACCAUCCCUGCUCAUUGUUUAGAAGCUAUUGACUCAAAGAUCAUUGUGCGCUCUGGGCAUCGAAAAUCAUCAGCCAAAUCUUCUGCUUCUCUGAUAAAUAUCUUGGGACUUAAAGAACUGUCCUCAUCUGUAAAGAAUUCAGUCACAACCUCUAUUUCUGAUCCUUGGAUACAGAGGAGUUUUUACAAGCCAUAUAAUUCCUCUGACCAACGUGUUAAUGUUUUGCAUAAAACAUUGUUUUCUUCUUCUCCUGCUGAAUCAUCUGAGUCAGAUUGCUCCAGCCCUAGCCCUGUUAUCUUCUUAGAUGAAGAAGGGUAUCAGAAGAGCUUGAAGGCAAAACUUCAGCUACCAAAAAUUCCAGUAGUGAAAGAUGGUAUAGAGGACUCAGACUCAGAAGUAAGUGAAUUUUUUGAUAGUUUUGAUCAGUUUGAUGAACUGGAACAGACUCUGGAAAGUACUUGUAAACUUAUAAGGGAUCCCAUCCUUGGUAAUCCACCCCAGAAGAGAGAGAUUUCCCUUGAACAAUUGCAUUCUAAAACUACUACUAUGAAUCCUCAAAAAUUCAAGUUUGAUCGUCCCACUCUUCCAGCCAAUGUAAGGAAGCCAACUCCUCGUAAACCAGAAUCGCCCUAUAGCAGCCUCUUUGAUGUUCCAGACUCCCCUCGGCCAGUGAAAACAGGAGAAGACAAUGGAGGUUUGUUCAGCCCUAUAAGAUCAUCAGCUUUCAGCCCACUAGGGAGCUGUGCUUCAACUGAAUGUCUUUGUCGGGUGGAUAUCAAUGGAGAUGGGCUUAAUCAAAAUCAUGAUACACUUUAUAGUGAAUAUUCAGAUUAUGCAAACAAUGUUUCAUUUGAAAUACUGGGUUCUGUUUUUCCUUCUCAGUCUACAUCACUACAGAAACAUGCUGAAAACAUUUCCAGCCUUAAUAGGAUUGUCUCAAAAGAGGAAAAAGGUCAAAAUGCAGAACUCCAGAGGAAAACUUCUGACAAGGAGCCAGCUAAAAAAGUUAAAUCUAAACACAAAUCACAAAUGAUUAAGGACAGCAUACAAAAAUUUGCAACAGAACUGGUUGAAAAAAGUUUUGGUAGUGCAUUUAAAGACUUACAAAAAGGAGUUUCUUCAUGCACCAAUGCACUGUGUCACUUGGCUGCUAGAUUGACUUCUUCAGUCUUUCAAAUGGCUUUUUAUGAGAUAGGAAGGCGGCGAGCCUUGUCACUGAAGGAACGUGCCAUUAAUGGGCUAGCAAGCUUUUUGGUCAGUGAAGCUAUAACAAGUGCUUUAAAAGAAAUGCGAUACGUAAAGCAACAAAUAUUUACUAACACAGUUGCAAGAUUUGCAGCAGACCUCACUGAGGAACUUAUUUUUGAGGGAAUCAUGGAAGUUUGCCAGUUUUCACAUCCAUCAACACCAACAACUGCGCGGGAUUGGGCCUUUGAUUAUGAAGACAAAGUAGUAAGAUCAUAUGCCAAAGAUUUGUCUGAAUCUGUCAUUCAGGAAGCUUUCAUUGAAUUAUCACAGGUUGAUGUUACCUUCACAACGCAAGCAGCAAUUAGUAUUUCCAUGGACAACAUAAAAUAUGUAAGUGCAGAAAGUACUUUGCAGUCAACACAGACUACCACUGCUUUUCCUAAUUUUCAUGAUAAUGCACUUUUAGCAUUGAACCCAGUACAAGAAACUGGAAAAGAAUAUACUGUACAGCAAGCCUUGUUUUGUACUUCUGGUGUUGUAAGUUCAAUACCAGUGCCCCUAGCUGGAACAGCACUUUGUCAACAUCAGACUUCAUCUGAUGUUUAUAAGGCAAAAGUAUGGACUUGUUCGACAGCAGGUGGCAGUCUGAAAAUGUACAAAAACGCUGCACAGCCAUAUUUUACAACAAAAAAGAGAGAAGCGGAAGUGGCUUCUCUUAGAAAUAUUUACCUGACUGCAGAUCACUGUGAAAGUACUGAAAGUAGUGCGCAAUGUUUUUUUAACCAGAAUGAUUUCAAACAAAGAAAUAGUCCUGAAGUGCAUAAUACUUCAGAUUUAACAACUGGACCAACAAGCAUCAACAGUUUCUCUGGAACAAUGGUAGAUAUGAUUGUAAAUGAAGCAUAUGAAGCAAUAACCUCAUCCGGGGUUACCAAAAAAGUGGAGGAAUAUACAGAUUUUGUAACUAGAAAAACAGCUCGUUGGCAGUGUGUUGGUGGAGAUAUUCCUAAGAAUGCUUUUGCUGAUCACUUGGCCAAGUAUAUUGUAAAACAGUCUGUAGGUGAAACUAAAUCUAUGUUCUCCCACACAAAUGAGACUGUGGAAUGUAAUGGACGCUUACAGAUGAACACAGAUAACUGUAAAAAAGAACUGCAUAGUGCAGUAAAGAAACAAGAAUCCGAGAAACACAGAUUUGUUCCUAUAAUUGUGGAACCACAGCAGCUGCCUCUGAAUAACCCACCUAAUUUUUUUGUUACGUCAGUUGACUCUGCUCAGUGUUUACUUUCAGUACCUAAAGAUUGUGUUAAGGAACGUAAAGGAAAUGAAGUACGUAGGUUUUCUUCAAGCACUCCACCUCCUUGUCCUAUUGUGACUCUCGCCAGGUGUAAUGUGGAAGAGUUUACUGAUUCAGGAAGCAGUUCGAUAAAAUCCCAAAGUAAACUAUUGAAAAAAUAUGAUAUGCAAAAAACAACGCUAGCUCCUUCAGCUUUGGGGCAGGAGAGCUGUUUUCUACAUGCAAGUAACCUUUCUUUGGUGAUGUUUGGCUGUGAAGAUUCUUUGCAGAUGGAAGAUAAAUCAAGCAUCAGAGAUGGAAAUGUCUGUGCAGUACCUAAUACACCACCACCAACUCCUUUAGUACCAUCUCAGACUAGUUCUGAACGGAACCUAAGGAAGCUUACCAAGAAACUCAAGGGAGAAUUAGCAAAGGAGUUUGCACCUGCGACACCACCUUCUACACCUUAUAACUCAUCUGCUGCUGCCUUGUCUGCAACUGAACAUGACUCCUUGGAAAAGGAAGAGUUUAUGCUGAAACUCAUGCGAUCACUUUCUGAAGAAGUUGGAAGUAGUGAAGACGAAGAACACUCUGAAAUGCUUAUGGAGAAAAUUGAACAUUCAGAGAAAACAGUACAGUAUGCUGAUCGUUUAGCUGGUCAUAUCAUUUCUGUGGCAACUGAAAUGGCUGCUUCCCAUUUAGAUGAUAAAACAAUUAAAAGAAAAGCUGACAGACACUGCCAAUUAAAUGCACAAAACAAAAUAUGUGGGUAUACUGCCUUUAUAAAUAUCCCAGAAGAAACUUUACAUUCAUUGUGGAAUUAUGCUGGUGAUAUGGCUGGAAAGGUUAUCAAUGAGGCUAAGAAGAUGAUAAAAUCAAGGCAUUGCAAGCUGCUGAGGUUGAAGCGGGUUAACUGUCAUGUAGAUUGUCUUUCUCUCAGAAAAGAUGAUAGAGACUGUAGGUCAAAAGAGAAGUGGUGUCCGGUAGUAAACCAGUGGUCCAGAGAGGUAGAUUCAUCUGUACUUUCAUUACCUCAGGGUUUAGGAACAACGGGUCUGACUUACCGGUAUCCAAGCUGCGAAAGCGUGACCGAUGAAUAUGCAGAUCACAUCAUUCGAGUUCUGAAAAGGGAAGGUGGCAACAGUGAGUUAAUAAUGGAUCAGUAUGCUAGUAGACUUGCUUAUAGAUCUAUGAAAUCAGGCCUACAACAAGCUGCCAGGAAAAUCAAGCUGACAUACAACAGAAGAAUGUUUCCUGUACAGAACACACAGGUAAAUGGUAGGCUUGAGCUGUUCAAGAUAUUGAACAAAGAUAUGGAUACAAAAUGGCAAAUGAAAAGUGGUGUUCAAAGGUGUGGAGGCCAAGCCUGUGAAAUAAACAAUUUACACAGAACUGAUGGUACAGAGUUGUUACAUUUUUCUGAAUCCCUUGCUCAUCGUAUAACAUGUGAUGUCAGAAGAAAACUGAAAAUGUCAGCAGUUUGCUUGCCAAAAUCCUUAACAGAUUCCUGUCUGUAUAGAAAAUCUAAAUUUGAUGAAGCCACAGGGGACUACCUUAAAACAACACUUUCUAAAACAGUUCUUCCUUUCUCACAAAAACAUAAAUUGUAUCAUAGUACAGGCAGUUUAAAUGAAUAUGGCUAUCGAGAAGGCAUCAUUCAAGCUAUAGAAGAGUAUGCUAGAAAAGUAGUGGAUGACACCUUAGAAAUGAGUUUGGAGUCUGCUGUUCUCCAAGCUGCUGAAAACAGGAAAAAUGGGGAUAGAUUCACUUACACAGAAAAGUUGUCUCCAUUUUCUGGAACAGCCUGCAGAUUCUGUAGUAUGAAGGAAUAUCAGUAUUGUACUGGAAUUUCAUCUCCACACCUGCCUGGGCAAGAACCCCUCCCUAGAAUCAGGCAGAUCCCCAAUUCAGGGUUAGAUGGUAUCUGUCAAAAAUCAAGAAUGUUUCACCUUGAUAUUCCCAAAAUUCACAUUGACAUGGAACAGAAGACAGUAUUUUCUGAGAAGGUGGUUGGUGCAGCUAUUGAGAAAGCGGAGAGAGAGCUGAGUAACACAAGUCUGACAGCUGAUAGUGGUAUUGGACAUGGUGGAGUCAGCUUUGCUGAAAGCCUUACUACAGAAAUAAUGACUUCAGCUAUGACUAAUAUUGGUCAGGUUGUUAACAUAAGUUCUAUGGGAAGAGAAGGAUUUCACUCAGCUGAAUCUGUUGUUAGCCAGCAGAUAAGUCUCAGUAUUGGUGAUGAUAGCACUGGCAGCUGGUCCAAUCUAAGCUUUGAAGAUGAACAUCCCGACGAGAGCAGCAGUUUCCUUCACCUCAGUGACAGUAAUGGUAACAGCAGUAGCUGGAGCAGUCUUGGUUUAGAAGGAGAUAUGUAUGAGGAGAAUUUAUCCUUUCCAACAUCAGACAGUGAUGGAACAGAAGAUAAAGAUGAAGACCCCAAGAAUGCUGUAGAAGGUGUGGGGCAGGUAGGAAAGGCAUUGCUAAUAGUGAAUGUUGACAUGGAACCACAUAUGGUGGACCCCCAGCUGAGAACAACCUUGCAGUGGCUGGCAGCUUCCGAAACAGAGGUAUCUGAGCUUCGUUUUCAUGACACUGCUACGAAGGAAUUCAUUCUUCUUUCAAAAAGACUGAGAGAGAGAGGCUGGAAAGUGGGAGAUCUCUUGCAAGCAGUGCUGAAAUACUGUGAAAUGAUGGAGAAGAUGUCUGAUGGGGAUAGACUUCUGAAUAAACCUUUAUUUGGCUGGCUUCUGGAAAAUGUCUGAAAAAUCCAAAGACCCAAUAUUCUUCCCUUCAUUCCUCCUUUAGAAGGAGACAUGAAGGACAAAGAUGUAUAGCGUUAAAAUUUAACUGAUGAAUGGUCUAUUAACUGUCAACAUUUUAAGAGGCUUUGGGGUGAAAGUAAAUAUAGCUGUUCUGUAAGUAUUUUGUGAUGCUGUAUACGGUAUGUUUAUCCAGUGCAUAUCUUCAUAAUUGAUAUCAGGGUAUUGUGUCCAUCCACGCAUAUUUGUAUAUACUGCUGUGUUCAGACUAUAGAAUGUGUAUGACGAAAGAUCUUAUCCAUGGACAAUAGCUGACAAGUGAUAAAACAGGUUAUGCAGGGAUUCCCACUGUAUUGGUAUAGUUUAUAAUUGGAGGCAUACCAUAUUAAUAGCAUUAUUAAGUUUGAAUUGCUGAAGAAACAUGUUUCAAUUUUACAUACAACCAUUUUUAUUGCAAAUUCUAUGUUUUGAAGCAUUUUGAUAUGUUGGUAUGACAUACUAAUGCAUUAAAAAUAGCAAGUACUUGGA